AUUACAAAUAUCUCAUUUCACCAAUGCACACAAUAGUAAGAGAAAACAUUAACUUUCUUUCCAAAAAUUUAUUUUCUCUAAGGUUUUUCAUCAUGGAAUUUUCACUUUCUUCCAUCCAAACUCUAGUUAAGGAUAUCGAGGAAGAGAUGUUCUUAAACAUCGAUCCUUACUCAUUUGUUUCUCCUUCUGCGUAUGACACUGCAUGGCUAGCCAUGGUUCGAGAUCCUCAGGAACCAGGUCAACCAAUGUUCAGAGGGUGCUUGGAUUGGGUACUGGGGAGAGUGUGAUGGCCACGGCAUGCCUACCAUCGAGUCUCUUCCAGCAACUCUUGCAUGUGUAGUUGCACUCAAGAAGUGGAACGUUGGGACAAAGGAAGUAGAAAGAGGAUUUCUUGAGAUUUCUUCGUUUUCUAUUUUUUGCUUUCGGUUCUCCUUUGAUGUUUUGAUAUGUUUUGAUAUUUCCUGCACUUCUUUUAUUGCUAUUCUUUCUUCUGCCCUGAUAUACCCCUCUACUCUCUUCAAUAAAUCAUUGAAACUGGUUGGCUUUCGCUUAUUUAAAGAUCUGUAAAAGCUUGAGUCUUUCAAACCAUCCAUUAAGCUGUGCAUGGCUACACUUUGAUCCAGUUUUUCGACUUGCACAACCUCAUUAUGGAACCUUGCUAUGUAGGCUCUUAAUGAUUCAUUUAUCUUUUGCUUAAUCAUCAAGAGAUGAUGGUUUGUUUUUUGGGGGUUCUGUUGGUAGUGAAGUGGUUAAUAAAUAUGUUUGCAAACU